GCUGAAUGGGUACCAUGAUGAAAGUUGGAGCACGUUUUCUUCUUGAUGGCCGAACCGCUCACCCUCGAAAAUUACAAGGCGCAGCUUGACGAGGAGGACCCUUUCGACGCUGAAGACAUGGAGGAGCUGAGCCACUCUGAAACCUUCGAUUUCGAGUCCAUGCGACUCCCUCGAGUGGUUGGACAGGUUGGUGAUGAAGGGGAAGGUGGUCCUCGGAGAUAUAGCACGUCCCCUGCCGGUUUAAAGCGUGUGUUUGGGCGCGAAAGAGUCCACGACCAAUCGUCUGAUGACGGGAAGGAAGAGAGAGACUAUGAUCACGAACCUUGUGACAAGCUCCCUGGGGACCAUGAUACAUGGGAGAAUGACAGACUCUUCUUCUUCGACAAGCAUCACCGGUUCACUCCGGAGGAUGUCUGGGGACACAACGUCGUCUGGCGCCCGAGGAUAUUCCAACCUGCUGUAAAGAAUGGCAAGUGGGUCAUGGCAAUGAAGGAAGCCAAUGGCAAGUGGAGUGGCAUGAACCGACUGGGAGUGGGUCCAUUUAAGAAAAAGGCGAGAGAUGCUUUGGUGGAGCAUUUGAGUCUUAUGAACCCAGAAAGGAGCUUCUCGGAUGUCACUGUGUAUGAAGGCCAGAAACUCCGCGAGUUGUACGAUGACAACAUGUUGGAGUUUCGAGCGUCUUUCUACACACUCGAAACGGCACCGUCUCGUGGCAUUGACAGACGCAUGCCGCAACCGCCAUCGGGCGGUCAGCAUCCGGGAACGGGUGGAGGAGGAGACGAAGGAGACGGCGGAGGUGACGGAGGAGACGACUCACAAUUUGCCGGAAAGGGGUUGGGCGAAACAUCGUCGGGAGAUAAGGCGUCCGGCGGAAAGGGGUCAGGCGGAAAGGGGUCGGGCGGAAAGGGGUCGGCUGGAAAGGGGUCAGGCGGGAAGGGGUCGGGCGGGAAGGGGUUGGGCGGGAAGGGGUCGGGCGGAAAGCGUAGAACGUCCGGGAGUCCCCAGUAUAGGGAAACUGACAGCCACUGCGUAGGGAGUCGAGAUUCCGACAUGCGAAACGUGGUCACCCUGAGGUCCAAUAAAGUGCGAGUAGAUUCACACUUGUCUACGAGGAUUUUGUUUCCCGAUGCCGAGGAGAGUCCGUCCCGCCGUGCGGAGCAGAGGUCUCUUGUGAACAACACCUUCCUCCUGGAAGCGGGCGAACGUCUACAGCAUACGUUGGGCACAGGGUUCCCCUGCUCACCUCCGUUCUCAUAUGUUGAGACUCGAGAGUGGCGGUCUCGCAACGUGCUGGAGAGGCCCGCUGCAGGUGUGUUGGAGACCGGGAGUGGCAAGUACGAACGUCAUGCUUCGGAGGGUGUACCAGUCGACGUUGACAGCAAGAGUACAGCGGCUCCUGGGGAAGAGGAGCGCUCUCCGGGAGUGCAUGCAGUACAGCGGGAAGAGGAGACUCAACACUGGCAGUCUCGCAAAGUGUUGGAGACCGGGGGUAGCGAGUAUGAACGUCAUGCUUCGGAGGGUGCGUCCGUGGACACUGACAGCAAGAGUACAGCAGCUCCGGGGGAAACGCAUGCUCUGCAGCGGGAAGAGGAGAAUCAACAUUGGCCGGCUCGCAAAGUCAUGAAGGGGCUCGACGCAGGAGUGCUGGUGAUCGGGACGUCCGAAGAGGUUCUGCACAGUCGUUCCGUUGUGGCCAUGACGCAAGAGGGUGUCGUUAAGGGAGGGCGGUGGACGUUCGUGGAAGCUCGCCUUCUUGGCGAUGAGGAAGGCGAAGAAGAACCCGUGGUGGAAGCUCGGGUUUAUGGCGAUGAGAAAGGCAGAGAACCCGUGGUGGAAGGCGGUGAGGUGAUGGUCGACAUCCAGAUGGAUCCACAGCGGAUAGAUGAUAAUUCUUAGCCCACCCGUUGUGGUGAAGAACAAGGUGAUCAAGCGUCUGUCCUCAGUAUCGGUCGGGAAAUGGUACUUAAUGAAGCCAUCGAGUUGGG